AUGUUAUUUUCCUUUCGAUUCUUUUUUCUUUCAAUAUUCUGUUAUUUUCUUUAUCUUUUUUCACGCAAGUCCUUCCUUCCUUCCUUCCUUCAUUCCUUCAUUCAUUCAUUCAUUCAUUCAUUCAUUCCUUCCUCCCUUCAUUCAUUCCUUCAUUCAUUCCUUCCUUCCUUCCUUCCUUCCUUCAUUCAUUCAUUCAUUCCUUCCUUCCUUCUUUCAUUCAUUCAUUCCUUCUUUCCUUCCUUCCUUCCUUACUUCAUUCAUUCAUUCUUUCAUUCAUUCCUUCUUUCCUUCCUUCCUUCUUUCCUUCUUUCCUUCCUUCCUUCAUUCAUUCCUUCCUUCAUUCAUUCCUUCCUUCUUUCAUUCCUUCCUUCCUUUCUUCCUUACUUCAUUCAUUCCUUCAUUCAUUCCUUCUUUCCUUCCUUCCUUCCUUCUUUCCUUCCUUCAUUCCUUCCUUCCUUCCUUCCUUCAUUCAUUCCUUCCUUCAUUCAUUCCUUCCUUCUUUCAUUCCUUCCUUCCUUUCUUCCUUCCUUCCUUCCUUCUUUCCUUCUUUCCUUCCUUCCUUCCUUCUUUCCUUCUUUCCUUCCUUCCUUCCUUCCUUCAUUCAUUCAUUCCUUCCUUCUUUCAUUCAUUCAUUCCUUCUUUCCUUCCUUCCUUCCUUCCUUCCUUUCUUCCUUCCUUCAUUCCUUCUUUCCUUCAUUCAUUCCUUCCUUCAUCCAUUCCUUCCUUCUUUCAUUCCUUCCUUCCUUUCUUCCUUCCUUCCUCCUUUCCUUCUUUCUUUCCUUCCUUCCUUCCUUCAUUCAUUCCUUCUUUCAUUCAUUCAUUCCUUCUUUCCUUCCUUCCUUCCUUCCUUCAUUCCUUCUUUCCUUCUUUCCUUCCUUCAUUCAUUCAUUCCUUCCUUCUUUCAUUCAUUCAUUCCUUCUUUCCUUCCUUCCUUCCUUCCUUACUUCAUUCAUUCAUUCUUUCAUUCAUUCCUUCUUUCCUUCCUUCCUUCAUUCAUUCAUUCAUUCAUUCAUUCAUUCCUUCCUAUCUUUUACCCUUUUUUCAUUCGUGUUUGUUCUUAUUUAUUUAUUUUUUUGUCUUUUAUAUUCUUUUCGGCGUUCUGUCUUUCUUUCAUGUCUUUCUUUCUUUCUUUCUUUCUUUCUUUCUUUCAUUUCUUUCUUUCUUUCUUUUCUUUCCUUCUUUCUUUACCAAUUUUUAUGUUCAGUUUUUCUUUCAUUCUAUUCUGGACUCUUUUCUUUCUUUCUUUCUUUCUUUCUUUCUUUCUUUCUUUCUUUUAUGUUCGGUUUUUCUUUCUUUUUUUCCUCUGUUCACAUAAUUUCUUUCUUUACCAAUCUUUUAUUUUCUAUUUCUCUUACUUUUUUCUUUCUUUUUUUCUUUCGUUAUUUAUAUCUUUCUUUCUUUUCUUUUCGGCGUUCUUUCUUUCUUUCUUUCUUUCUUUCUUUCUGUCGGAUUUUUCAUUUAUUUAUUCGCUCAUACUUUUUUGAUUUCGCUCUUUUAAUUUUCUUUCUUUUUUCCUUUAAUUUUAUUUUUAUUUCGGGUUUAUCAUUCACACGUUUGUUUUUUAAAUGUUGUUUUUUUUUCUUUCUUUUUUAUUUUUCAUUCUUCUUUCUUUCAUUCGUUCAUUCAUUUAUUCAUUCAUUCUGUUCAAUCCUGUCACAGUAUUAUAGCAAUCGUCCUUCCUUCUGUUCUUUCUUAACUCGUAUAUUUCGCCUUUGGCUAAAGUCCAGAAUGUAG